GGCGAAUAGGCAGCAAUAUAAAUUAGAUGGAUGGAUAAAUAGAUAGAUAGGUAAGGAAAACCUUAACAAGAAAAUCCAAGUUUAUAAAAUUAUGUAUGGAAAAAUUUAAGGGAUAGGACAAAUGUUCUAUGCACAUUUGCAGCCUUUCCUGGAUCAGAAUUCCCUGCUCUCAGUUGUUCAGUGCCUAGUCAUCGGACAACUGGACUAUUGUAAUGCACUCCACACGAGAAGGCAGAGAGCAGAUUGUGGGCAGGCAGGCAGGCUGGUAACAUAUAUUUUUCUGGGAAUCUCUUCUUUACUGUUCAGACUGUGGUAUGGAACAGAAGCACAGGUGAUUACAUCAGUGGUGACUGGAGAAGAGAAAAGAUUGGCUUGAGGAUAUAAUAAAGGCAGGGAGAUAUUUUUGGGCUGGGAGAGGCAGAAAAGGAAGGCAAUAGUGGGAAAUGCAUGAGGAAUUGCUGAGAGGCAAAGAACAUGAAUCUUUACUUCACACACAAUUCCACCCACACCAAUGUGUUUCACCCUUUGGAUUUCAUCCCUCUGUGUGGGAGAUGGGUGGUUUCUAAAUACAUAAAAUACAAAUUUGCACCAUCUGAUAUCCAAAGCAAAGAAGAACAUUCCCAGUUUCUGCCAAAUUGCAGCCAACUCAAGGUGUCUGGGCUUAGUUCUUGAAUGUAAUGAUUUAUUAUAGACUCUAAACAACUAUUUUCUCUGAUAAAGGAGAAUAUUUGUAGCUCAGCAUUGAAAUAAGGGAACCUUGGUGCUCUCAGAUCUUGGUUGUUUUCUUGCAGGCAUUUCAUUACCCCAACUAGGUAACACAACCAAGGACCCCUCAACUAUUUUCUCUUUUGUGUAGAAACCUAGCAACAUCAGAAAAGGCAGAAAAUAAACAUGAAGCCAGUUUAGUUUAGCCUGUUUCUCCACCUUUAACAGGGGUUUCAGUUAGAGAAAAGGGAGAGCUUCACAGGGUGUGAAACCAAAAUGGCAGUUUUUAAAUAGCAAACUUACAAUUCAAAAGGGAUAAACUACCAGGCUUAAUGGGAAAGUGGGCAAGUUUUAAAGUUCAAGAUUCACUUUUUUUUAAUAUUUAUGUGUGAAUUCUACUUCUAACCCCAACUCCAUUCAUUUCAGUGGUUUUUAGUCACAGUCACUGCUCUGCAGUCUGAAACAUGUCUUUGUUUAUUCUCACUGCAAAAAUGUAAACAUGGUUACUUCCAAGUGAUCUGCCCCAUUUUUUCUUACCCUAUCUAAGAUAGCUAAGACACAAACUUUCUGGGCUGUCUGUACUAGUUUCCAAUGUAUUAUUUCCUGGGAGUAAGCUCCAUUCAGCACAACCAGGUUUACUUACUUUACUUUAAAUCCCUCCAUCUCUGGCCUGGAGAAUUUCUCCUCUAAUGAUUCGUUCAACUCCCUAUAAACCACGGGCCCUUCUCGUGCAGUUUUGGAAAGGGUUAAAGGAAACGUCAGGGCCGAGCCCCUAACCCUCCCCAGCCUCUACGGAGAUCUCCAGCGCAGCUUUUGCCAGCUGGGCGCGGUUUUUUUCCAGCAGCAUCGCACAGAGGGGGUUGGGCAUCCGCUGCCGCCUUCUCGUCAAGGCCGCCGCCGCCACCGCCGCUAGCCCAGCUCCUUCCUCCUCGCUCUGCACGCCGCACAAGCCCGAAGAUGGCGGCUCACCAUCUCCUCGCCCGCUUGCACCGCUGCUUCUUGCCCGCCGCUUCCCGAUGGGGAUCAGGGCACAGGACGGCGCCACUGGCUCUCGGGGCGCAAGCGAAGACUUGUGGCUGCUAUUUUUCAACCAGUUCCUGUCACAAUACCCAAUUUUAUACUGAUCCAGUAGAAGCAGUAAAAGACAUACCCAAUGGGUCCACUCUCCUUGUUGGUGGUUUUGGGCUCUGUGGAAUUCCAGAGAACCUCAUAGGAGCUUUGUUGAAGACUGGUGUAAAAGGAAUAACCGCUGUCAGUAACAAUGCAGGAGUAGACAACUUUGGGCUCGGACUCCUACUUCAGACCAAACAGAUCAAGCGUAUGGUGUCAUCCUAUGUUGGAGAAAAUGCAGAAUUUGAGCGGCAAUACUUAUCUGGCGAACUGGAAGUGGAGCUUACCCCACAGGGUACCCUUGCUGAGCGGAUCCGAGCAGGAGGAGCUGGCAUCCCAGCUUUCUUCACCAGUACGGGGUAUGGGACGUUAGUGCAAGAAGGGGGGUCUCCAAUCAAAUACAACAGCGACGGCACUGUUGCCCUGGCUAGUGAGCCAAGAGAG